UGAAUUAAUUCAUAUAAUUAAUUGAGCAAACAGGAUCAGUUCUAUUUCCUCUACAAAGUCACGAGCAGAGAAAGUUCAUAUUUCCAACGUUUCCACUGUACCAUGAACGCCUCCUGACCUUUUACCCAGAAGCACGUUACUGACGUCAUCCUCGUUCACGGUUACGGUAACGGGAGCGCGUGAGUGUCUGUGUGACUGACAGCCCGCCGCUCGGUGACCCGUCUGUCACCGUUUACCGGAUCCGUUAACCGGUCAGAGGAGGAGCGGCCACAGCUUGCAGAGUUAGCAGCUAACGGCUAACUGAAGAUGGAGGAGUUUCUGUCGAGCUGCUGCGGGGCCGUGAAGGUGAAUCCGGACCCAGCUGGUUCAGGGUUCCAUGUGGUUCUAGGUAAUGAGGCCUGUGACGUGGACUCCAUGGUGUGUGCUCUGACCUACGCCUACUUCCUGUCCAAGACUGGACGCUCCGAGACGCUCGUCGUCCCGCUGCUGAACAUCCGGCAGUCGGACCUGCUGCUGCGGUCGGACAACGUCUUCCUGCUGCGACAGGUGGAUCUGUCUCCAGACCUGCUGCUGUUCAGGGAUCAGCUGGACCUGCGAGCGCUGCACCGAGACGGACGCCUGCGACUGACACUGGUCGACCACAACGUCCUGCCCAGGUAGCCACAAACGCCCGACAGGUGGCCACAAACGCCCGACAGGUGGCCACAAACGCCCGACAGGUAACCACAAACACCCGACAGGUGGCCACAGACGCCCGACAGGUGGCCACAGACGCCCGACAGGCAGUGGCGGGCUGUGCAUUUUAUACCUGGGCCUUCACUGAAAUAACACCUUAUAACCACAUUAUGGC